GAUUGAACCCUAAAAACCCUAAUUGAUCGUUCUUUUUCCGAUAGUCGGAGAGCGAUGGAUGGUUUAGAGAAGUUUUACAACAAGAUGGUGAAAGAUGCGAAAUCGGCAGCUUCUUCUUCUUCGUCUUCUCUAUCUGAUUUUGCGGAAACUCUGAUGCAGGACAAACGAGGCCCCGGCAGCAACUUGACUACUACAUACGACUCAGGAUCCGGCACCUUGGUCUCCAAGUUGUGCGCUGUGUUCUUUGUCGCUGGGGUGUUUGUUGGUUAUACCCUUAAGAGAAGGGUUCGAAAGUGGGCUUCCAAGUUGCUCAGAAAGAUAAAAGAUGACUAAACUCAAAACUCUAUUUGGCCUUCUACUGCAGUAUUGGUACAGUGAACACAAAGGCAUUGUUACUUAUUCCCUUCUUGAGUGUGUUUCAGUUCCAGUUUACUGUGCUCGAGUCAAGGCACCUUUUUAAUGAAACUUUUUUUUUGUUUAAUUUUCUUCCUCUGUGACUAUAUUAGCUUUGUGCCUUGUGGUAAUGGAAAUAGAGAUGGGUUCAUCUUUGAAAAGACGCGUAUGUUAUUUUGUAUAGUAAAUUAUCUUUGUUAUUGUCAUGCCA